GCACGAAGGGAAGCCCUUGUCAAAGCCAAUGGGGAUAAUGGUUAUUCGGUCGAGCAAAUCCAACUUUUUGCGGACCAUAGAAGCUCCUCAGUUCUUCAAAGGCACUAUUUGGGUACAAUGAACACAGUCGAUGGGGUGGCAAGCUACUUGGGGAUGGAUAUCAGGCGUGAUCUUACUGAAGACUUCCGAUCGGCAACGAUGAAAUGGGACGGCGACCUGGCUUUGCAACUUCCGGCACGGGAAGUCAACCGGCUGAAACAAGACGGGGAAUAUAUUCGACUGACAGAAUAUAUCUCUUCACUCAACACUCUCAUCAACGGCGGCCUUUCCAAAAAAGAGGAACACGAGCAACAUAUAGCCGCUCGCAAACAGGCGUACGAUGAUCGUCGAAGGUUGGUGAAGCAAAAGCUUCAAGAAUACCGGCAAUGUACAACUGAUCAGCAGAGCGAUUGGCACCGGGACCACCUUUCUCGCAUAAUUCACAUGAUGCCUGAACGCCAACGGCUGCUCCACACUUUGACUCUGAGAGAACCGCUUCGAAGUCCAACAGGCAUUUCAGCGCUGGAAGAUCUUAUUACUCUUCGCACAGGGGACUGGCAGGUCGCGUACCAAUCUCAGCUAAGGCCUAAAAACGGCAUGUGCCCCGUGAAAUCCUGCAAUACAAGAAUUGAAAGCCUCCACGUCUCGCAAAGGUGGCUGCAUAUAUAUCGAUGUUUUGAAAAGCGUUUCAAAGCCGACUACACGUUCGCCAAAUUUUGUUUCCUAUGCAGCCACUGGGUCACAGAUAAGCAGAAAUGGGAACACCAUUGCCAAAAGCACAUUGAAGACGGGGACACACCAUUUCGAUGUGAUCCCGUUGUUUUCCGUUACGCCUAUGCGUGUGCUGGAUAUUGUCCUGUUCAUUUAGGCCGGACAGAUCUCCUUGCGAGCGAGCGCAUGACGACAUACAUAGACUCAAAAGUCUGGCGACUUCAUAUUUCGCAAUGCGUCACUGAUCACAUAAAAACUGGGCUUCAAUCAGACGGUCUCAAAUGCCCACAUCCAGACUGUUUUGCUCCAGUGGAUUCAGAGGAAAGCCUUUGGUGUCAUCUUAAAGACAUCCAUAGCGUCGAGAAUGCUCAACCAAAAAAGCGUCCUUUAAGCUCUGAAAAAAGCACGCAUAACCGAUCCGGAUCGAUCCACCUUGCCAAGAAACAGAAAACAACAUUAGCUCCCAAUCCGACAGUUACUGCAGCGUCAAUAUCCGAGCAGACAGCUGCUACUAUAUCUGAUAGGACGCCAUUUACGUUUAUUACGUCGCCUAACUCCAGCACCGCUCAAUUGGCUUCUUCCAGCCAGGACGAACGAUGUUCGACCUCAUCGACGGAUCCUAGCCCCCUAGAGUAUUUCUGCAUUCCCAAAAACCCCGACAGUUUAUUACGACACGCUCUGCUCUUGGACUCCGGUUUUCCCGGGCCACUACAGCCUAACCCAUCUCAUGUCCCAAGCUUCAACCACAGAUCUACUGAGCUGAUAGACCCUGCGCUUAUUGAACUACCCGUCGCAGGGUUGAAAUGUAAUUCCUCAGGGGGCGUUAGCCCCACUAACAAGAACAGUGACAAUUUAACAGGGCCUUCAUCACAAGAAAUGUUGGUCAACAUCAAACAUUCUUCGACUUCGCUGAAAGGCGAACCAGCCGCACUUGAUGCAGAAAAUAAUAUAUGGGAGGCCGAGGAACUUCUCGCGAAAUGGGGUUCAAAAAAGAAAACUCUUUACCUUGUUAAAUGGAAAGGGUUCCCAGAUGACGAAAACACGUGGGAACCACGAGGUAACAUCAGCGAAGAUCUCAUCAAAAGCUUCGAAUCAAAUUUUGAGGGAAACCAUGCAGGAGUGCGACUAUUUGAUAAGAGAAAAGUGGCUGGAAAUGUUGAGUACUUGGUAGAAUGGAAGGGUCGACCACAAAGCGAGAGUUCAUGGGAAAAGGCCAAGACGUUGAGUAGCGCACGUGUUCAGGAGUACGAGGGAAGGGCAAAAGAUUUGUGA